UUCAAGCCGCUUAAUUUGACAGUUGUUGUGUGUUAAUCGUUGUGUGUGUAUGUGAUGUUUUAUACUUAAUCUUGAAAUAUGUUACAUUUCUGCGGUAUUCCUUGAACUUGUAAUAACGCUAAUUUUUAAUUACUGUCAUUUGCUACCGUUCUUCAGUUAUAGUGUAGUACGUAUUCGUAAAAUAUUGAAAACCAAAAUUAGGUAAUUUUGUUUAUUUAUUUCGACAUCAGAAUAAAUGAAUUCUAUUGUUCAACAUUGAACACAGGGGACUGAAAGAAUAAUUCAUCUAAAUUAUCAAAUUUCAAUCGCUAACAAUGGAGCGGAGGAACAAGAAGUCUCGUGAAAAACAAAAUUAUCAAAAUUACAAUCCAUUAUAUAGGAGAUCAAAGAAUUCCAAUAAUGGGUCAUCUGUAAUUAAAUCACAAUCCCAACAAUCUGAUGAGUCAUAUUUUAGUAGUUCUAUUCAAAAAAGCGAACAGAAUAUUCAAGAAAAAUGGAAAAAUAAUAAAAAUAAAAAUGACUCAAAUAGUAAAAACAGUAGUAAGGACAAACAAAAUAUAUUAAGAAAGUUAAAUUUCGGAUAUAAAUGCCUUGAAGAAUUAUGCAAUAAAGACCCUUCCGAAAUAAUAUUUGUGAUGUUUAACAAAACAAAUGGUUUCAUAGACCUUUUCAAACAAAAUAAAGAUCCAGAUUGGAUAUUUCUGCUCAUGAGAGUUACUGCUAAAUUGUGUUCUACUGAAUUAAUUCAAAGUAAAAUACAAUUAUUAACUGAACUUACUUGUAAUACAUUUUUAUGUCAUCUGAAAACUUAUGUAUUAAGUAUGCCUACAGAAAAAAAUUUGAAACGGUGUAAAAAUAUGAAUUUAUUUUUUUCUGAUUGUUUAAUAGUAUUUCAAUCAAUUACUACCUUAUUUCCAAGAACCGCUGUUGAGCAAUUAAAAGAAAUAGUUAUAAGUGCUAUAAUUGCAUUUAAUGGUAUAAAAAGUUUUUGUAAGCAUAUUGAGCUAAAUGAGACUAUUGUUGUUGAUAUGAAUGAACUACUAGAAAAAAUGAAUGAUAUCAAACUUACAGAUGAAUUAGUAUCAAAAGAAAAUAUGGUACUCGAUAAUGUUGCACAAUUUUAUGAUCCACCAGAAAAUUUUAGAGUAUUAUCUAUAUAUCCAACUGCUAAUGAUCUUGAAUUUGGUGAACCAUUUUUACGUCCUAAUAUUUUGAAAGGAGCCUAUAGGGAUGUCGAACAUUAUUUAGAUGUACAAUUUCGUCUUUUACGAGAAGAUUUUAUUGCUCCACUACGUGAUGGUAUUCAAUUUUAUAAAGAGUUGAUGAAUGGCCAACAAUAUAGAAAAAAAAUAAAUAAUAUACGCAUUUAUCAUAAUGUUGAAUUUGAAAAUGCUGGCAAAUUUGUUUAUGAUAGAAAUGGAUGCAUGUUAAACUUCAAUAAGAAUAAUAAAUUAAGAAUCAACUGGGAGAUGGCUAGAAGGUUUAUGUAUGGUUCUUUAUUGUUAUUUACUAUAAAUGAAUUUCAAACCUUUUUCAUAGGUGUUGUUUUAGAUCGUAAAAUUGAAUUAUUAAAAGAAGGAAAGUUGAUUGUUGAACUAAUAGGAGGUGCUAAACCUUUGUAUAAAAGAUCUCUAAUUAUGGUUGAAAGUGAAGUAUUUUUUGAACCCUAUAAAUGUUCAAUGGAGGUCUUAAAAAAUAUUAAUAGUCAUAAUUUCCCUAUGGAAAAAUAUAUAGUAUCAGCAUCUAAAGAUAUGGAUUAUCCAUAUUAUUUGGACACAUUAAUCAAUCAAAAUUAUUUAAUUGAUGAUUUGGACGAAUUUCCUAUAUUGUUAAAUGACCGAUGGCCAACUAAUGAAAUGCUUGGACUUGAUGAAAUGCAAUAUAGAGCUUUUAAAGCGGCAUUGACCCAUGAAUUCACUAUUAUCCAAGGUCCUCCUGGUACUGGUAAAACUUUUAUUGGACUAAAGAUAUUGAAAACAUUAAUCAAUAAUUUGUAUAGAGAUUGUGAUCCAAAAUUUUCCAGACCCGUAUCAUAUCUCACUAAACCAAUUUUGGUCGUGUGUUACACUAAUCAUGCUUUAGAUCAAUUUAUUGAAGGUGUAUUGAGUUUCACAAAUCAAGUUGUAAGAAUUGGUGGUCAAUCAAAAUCAGAAAUAAUUGAGAAAUAUAGUUUAAGGAAUAUUACUCGUGUAUUCAGAAAGUCAAUGACCACUAAUAGAGCCCUAAGAAAUGUUAAUGAUAAAAUACAAAGCCUUAUGAAUAAAAUUAAGUAUUAUAGAAAAUGUGAGGAAAUUGUUUCAUAUAAUGCAGGUAUUCUAGAGCUAUCAUUGCUUAAAAAUGGUAUGCCUAAACAAUAUCAUUAUUUUUUCAAAACUACUUUGGAUCUUCUCUCAUGGUUAUUUCAAGAUUUUGAUUACUUCAAUGUUGAUCCAGUUGAAUUUAUUUACAGCAUUAGUCAUGAGUUGAUAAAUAAAGUGUUUCACUCAGAAAAAUUUCUUGAAAUUAAACCAGAUGUUCAAGAAAAUGAAGAAAGUUAUUUACAAUAUGAAUUUGAUGAUCCAGAUUUCGAAUAUAAUCAUAAAGAUAUUGUAAUUUACAGUAUAACUAUAGAUGACAUAAAAAAUGUGUGCAAGGAACUACUUACUCGAAGUAUACAAUUGAAAGAACAGUCAAAUUUUGAUGUGAAUUUAUAUAAUGACUUUGAAGAAGCGAAAUUCGAAUUUAAUGUCAUGGAACGUAUUCAUGAUUAUUUUCUAAAUAUGCUGAAUAUAGUAGAUGUUGAUAUUAAUCUGUCAAGAUCUAUUAAAAAUUUAAAUUCAUUAAAUAUGAGACAAAGAUGGGCUUUAUAUUUUAAGUGGGUUAAAAUGACAAAAGAAAUGUUUGUUCCUAAAAUAUUGGAAUAUGAAAACAUGUAUUCUGAUACUUAUAAACAUUAUGCAGAAUUAAAAGAGUUGGAAAAUAUUGAAAUUUUAAAAUCGAGGCAUGUCAUAGCUAUCACGACUACUGGUGCUGCUAAACAUAGAGUGAUGCUAGAAGGCCUAGAAUCACCUAUAGUGGUUGUUGAAGAAGCUGCUGAAGUUUUGGAAGCACAUAUAGUUACAUCUUUAACUAAACACUGUCAACACUUAUUAUUAAUAGGCGAUCAUAAACAGCUUCGGCCUAGUAAUGCAGUUUUCAAAUUAGCAAAAGACUAUAAAUUUGAUAUUUCAUUAUUUGAACGUAUGGUGAAUAACAAUGUACCUUGCUAUACAUUAGGGGAACAGCAUAGAAUGCGUCCUGAGAUAUGUUCGCUUAUAACUCCAACUAUAUAUCCUGAACUAAAAAAUCAUAUAGAUGUUUAUAAUAGAGAACAUAUACGUGGUGUGACCAAGGAUUUAUUUUUCCUCAGUCAUAAUAUGUUUGAAAAAGAAGUUGAGGAAAUUUCAAGCAAAAGCAAUGAUCAUGAAGCUUCAUUUUUAAUUAUGUUUGCCCGACAUUUAGUAUUUCAAGGAUACAAAACUAACCAAGUGACUAUUUUAACAACUUACAGUGGGCAAUUAUUUCUUCUUCGCUCUUUACGAAAAAAGCAUACAAUAUUAGAAGGCAUGAAAAUAACUGUUGUUGAUAAUUAUCAAGGCGAAGAAAGCGACAUAAUUCUGCUAUCUUUAGUUAGAAGUAAUGAAAAUGGUAAUGUUGGUUUUUUAAAAACUGAAAACAGAAUAUGUGUUGCAUUGUCAAGGGCAAAAUAUGGUCUUUACAUAAUGGGUAAUAUGGACAAUUUAUAUAAUUCUGGUACUUUAUGGAAACAAAUAAAAACUACGUUGGACAAUCAGGAUUCAUAUGGUAAUGAAUUAACUUUACAAUGUGCUGUACAUACUGAAAUUUUGACUAAAGUUUCAAAAAGUGAAGAUUUUAAUGUAAUUAAGGAGGGUGGUUGUACCAUGUUAUGCAAUACAUUACUGUUAUGUGGUCAUUACUGUACAAGUAUAUGUCAUUCGUAUGAUCGCAAUCAUAAUGAAUUUAAAUGUAGAGAGUCUUGUAACAAAUUUUGUGAAUAUAAUCACCCUUGUACAAAAAAAUGUUUUAUGGAAUGUGGAAAGUGUACGGUGCCCGUGAUAAAAACUUUACCUUGUAAUCAUCAAACAAGUUUACCUUGUUUUGUUGAUGAAAAUGAUUUUCCGUGUGAAGAAAUAGUGGAAGUAAUAUUAGAAGAAUGUGGUCAUAAAAUAGAGAAAAAAUGCCAUGAAAAAGAACCUAAUUGCACUUUUAAGUGUUAUGACCGGUUGGAUUGUGGCCAUGCUUGUGUACUCAAUUGUCAUAAAAAUAAUGACCCUGAACAUGAGACAUACAAAUGUUUAAAGCCAUGUGAAAGUGUCAAUAUAAAUUGUUCUUUAAAUCACAAAUGUAAAAAAUUAUGCUAUGAAGACUGUGCAAAUUGUAUUGUAAAAGUUAAAAAAGUUUUAUCUUGUGGGCACGAGAAGAAUAAUAUUCCUUGUGGGCUAAGUGAAAAUAAGAUAAAAUGUUAUCUUGCAUGUGAACGUAAAUUAAAAUGUAAUCAUAAAUGUUAUGCUAAAUGUUUUGAACCUUGUAAACCUUGUGAUGUUUUAGUGAAAAAAAUUAUACCAGACUGUGGACAUUUAACUCAAAUUAAAUGUAAAAUUUUGCCCACACGUAAAAAUUGUGAUAAAAGUUGUGAACGCACUUUAAUUUGUGGGCACCAAUGUAAAUCUAUGUGUGCAAAAGAAUGUGAUGAAAUGAAAUGUAAGGAAUUAGUAUUACAAAAAAAAAGUAAACUUGCUUGUGGUCAUGACAAAGUUUGGGUUUUAUGCUGUGACAAAGAUAAAGAAUUUAGUAUGGACAGUACAUAUCUACUAGAUAAAUGCCGUGAACCAUGUUUCCAAGUGUUAAACUGUAAUGAUAUGUGUAAGGGUACAUGUGGGGAAUGUAAACAAGGUCGUUUACAUGUACCUUGUGGUGAAAUAUGUAACAAAAUAAAUCCAUGUAAUCAUACUUGUAAAUCUCCAUGUAAGCAACGGUGUCCACCUUGUAAUCAAAAAUGCUCGUAUUCCUGUGUGCAUUCAAGAUGUACUAAUAUUUGUGGUGUUCAGUGUAAACCUUGCAAGGAAACUUGUACUUGGAAGUGUCCACACUUUAAAUGUACUAAAAAUUGUGGUGAAAUUUGUAAUCGAAAACCAUGUUAUAAGCCUUGCAACCUUAAGUUGCCGUGUGGACAUGAAUGUAUUGGUUUUUGUGGUGAACCGUGUCCUCCUCUUUGUCGAAUUUGUCAAAUAGAAGAAGUUACUGCAUUAUUAUUUGGAAAUGAAGAUGAUCCAAAUUCAAGAUUUAUUUACUUGGAAGAUUGUAAACAUUCAAUUGAAUCUGAAGGUUUGGAACAAUGGAUGAAUCAAAAUAAUAAUGAAAUAACUCUAAAACAAUGUCCAUUGUGUAAAACACCAAUUUUGAAAACCCAACGUUUUAUGAACCAGGUGAAAAUUAUUCUAAAUGACAUUACGAAAAUAAAAGAAAAACUAUAUGGACAAAUAAGUGUUAUAAAAAGCCACAAGAAGACAGUCUUAGAGUCAUUAAAAUUCUUGAAUAAAAAUUUUGACUCUAUAUUUAUUGGUGAUGUAAUUAAAUGUAAUCAUAUUAAAAAUUUAUGGAACAUAUUUUGUAGUCCUUUAAUAAAAUCAUUUACUAAUAAACAUAAGAAACUUAAUCUACAUGCCAGGGAUAUUGAAUCAUUAGAAUUUGUCAUUUAUGUAUUUAAUUGCACAUCUAAGUACAAAAAAAGAAUUAAAACCAUCAAGGAUAAGCAAAUGAAACAAACUAUUAUUGAUCACUUUGUUUGGUUACUCUCUGUUGCAUUUGCAUAUGCUCGUAAUUUGUCAAAUCAACAAAAAUCGGAUAUCAACAAAGAAUUGUUACGGGGUGAAAGAAUUAUUACUCUUUUUGAAAUAAAAUCAACUGAAAUAUAUAGGAUGAUUUUUACAAUUCAAGAUGCUAAUGCAAUACAAGCAAGACAUUUAGUAGACAAUAUGGAAGCUUUGUUAAUGUCAUGUACAGCUUAUAAUCAAGAAAAAGACUUGGAAAUACAAAAUAAUAUUGAACUAAUUCAGCAGAAAAUGGAUGGUAUUUCUAUUAUUAUAAACAAAGAGAGAAGGAUGAUUCAUAAAGCUAUGGCAGUCAAUUUUGUAGGAGGUGUGAGUGCUCAAGGUCAUUGGCAUAAAUGUCCUAAUGGCCAUAUAUAUUGUAUAACAGAAUGUGGAGGGCCAAUGGAAGAAUCAGUUUGUCCAGAAUGUAAAUUGAAAAUUGGUGGAAUAGAUCACCGCCAUGUUGCCGGUGUAUCAGUUGCAUCAGAAAUGGUGUUUCAAUCAUAGUUUUAUAAAAUGACUGUACAUAUAUGAAAUCAAAUAAUCUUAAAAUUUUAAACAUUUUC